GGAAGUGUGAGUGUGUUUCCGGAGCUUGACCACAGGGAGACUGACACAGAGUCCCGGUUCUCGCCUCGUUCCGGCUUCAGAGCUGCGAAGCGCCGCUUUGUUUCACCGCUAACGGACCGGACCUAGCGGACUGGCGGCCCGGUUCUGACCGGGAGCAGACCCGUCGUCUUCCGGUACCGACCGGAGCUGUGGGGCUUCGGUGGGAUUCUGGGAGAAAGUAAAGCGCUUUAAAAUGGCUCCCGCCGCCCGGUGGCCGUAACGGACAGCAGGGGCAGCAGGAUGUCGGCAGCUCAGACCCAGAAGGAGGCCAGCGAGGCGGGCUGGAGCUGCCUGGAGGCUCUGGGUCUCAGCCAGAAGGAGCUGGUUCUGGCCGAGGCCCUGCAGAUGGAAUACGACGCCCUCUCCAGGCUCAAACAGGACAAGAGUGGAACCGGCCCUGCCGGACCUCCGCUUUCAGGCCAAACCCGCUCCAAGACUCCCAACCCCUUGGUGGAGCGCCCCCGGCCCGCCCCCGGCCAGCCCGGCCCAGCGCCCGGCGGAGGCGGCCUGCUGAGGGGCCUGUCUGGGUCCGACUCCUCCCUGAACCAGCCGGGAGGCUCCCGGUUGGCGCUGUCCGUCCCGGCCAGAGCACCACCCCCCCAGGGAUGCCACGGCAAAGAGUCACUCUACAUCCUGGAUGGUCCGGACUUCAGCAAGUUCAGGGACUCUUCGGGUUCUGGCCUCAGAGACUCUCAUGGGUCCGGCUCAGGGUUUCUCCUCAAAGGCUUCCCCGCUCUUCCGGAUAACGUUCCCCCCGCCAUCCCCCCGAGGAACCCGAUCCCCCCACCAUCGGAGAACCCCUUCCUGCCCCCUCGAGCAUCCACGCUGGUCCGAGACGUGAACCUGUUCACGCCUGACGUGGAUCCGCCCAAAGUGCCACCAGCAGAGCUGAACUACGACGACAUCAACGACUCGCUUACCCGACUCAACGACAGCCGGCCGGUACCGCCGCGAGGUCGCAGGGCCAACGGUGACCAAUCAGGGAAGCCUGUGGUUCGCAGUAAGACCCUCCCGCCUCAGGUGCCUCCCAGGACCUACGUACCUGUUCCCAAGAGCAACAAGAACCAGCGGAGGGUGUCGGCUGACCCGGUGUCUCUGGGCUCUAGGAUGAACGGGUUUGGAUAUGAGCUGUUCCAGGUGUCGGAGGAGAGAGACGAGGAGGUGGCGGCUUUCUGCCACAUGCUGGACGUGCUGCGGUCAGCGUACCCUCACAGCAACCAAUCAAAGAAUGCCGGCUUCGUUUGGUCGCCGUCAGUCGGCCAUGAGGAGCUCCAUCAGGCUCUGGGCAUCAGCGUGAAGGUCACGGUCAUCAGCGAGCACUUCAGGGAGCCUCUGACCUUCACCUGCGAUGGCUCGUCCACCGUCGACCUGCUCAUCUAUCAGACUCUGUGUUACGCUCAGGACGACCUGGACCACGUGGACGUGGACGGAUACCUGCUGAAGGUCUGCGGACAUGACGAGUUCCUGAGCAACUCUCAGACUCUGGCUGGUCUGGAGUUCGUCCAACAGUGUCUGAAGUUCGACUGGGACAUCCGACUGUUUUUGACCAAGAGGUCCUCCAUCAACACAGAGCUCAGCCGCACGAAAGAAGAUGAUGAUACGGCAUCUACCAUGAACCACAGCAUCCUGCUGCAGGAGCGACCAAUCAAACAGACCGUCACCAGGGAGGCUCUGACUCUGCUCCUCGACACUUUUCAUAACGAAGCGGAAUCCUUCCUGCUGUCAGAGGUGGAGCUGCCGCUGCAUGUGGAGCGUCUCGUCCAAUCAGUGAAGGCGCUGUGCAGCUCGCUGGCUGCCGUGGAAACGCCUGAUGUGACAGCGGCACUCAGCCAGCUCCCAGCAUGCCCCUGCCGGCUGCAGCCAAAGAACCUUCAGGACGCCUCGGUGCUGGCAGUCAGAGAGAACAGAGAGAAGGUUGUGAGAAAGCUGACGGCAUCCAUCCUGGACCUGGUGGAACUUUACUGCAGAACGUUUAACGCCAACUUUCACCCGACGACUCAGAGCCUGAGCUGCACGGUGCCGGUUCAGGAGGCCGCCUGUCACCACGUGCUCUCCUUCAACGUGCACGCCGCCCAUCGCAUCCCCAUCACCUGGGCAGCCAGCUAUGAGGGUUUCUUCCUGUCCUGCUCUCUGACUCAUGGAGGGGCGGAGCUCUGUGCGCCGCAGCACACCAGCAAACAGUCGGUCAGCAAUACUGUUCACCUGGUGGUGUGGGACCAGAGGGUGUGUUUCCAGUGCAGAUCAACCAGUUGCCCCGGGAAGUCUCAGCUGACAGUGACGCUCUAUGCCAGCUGCCUGCCGCCUCCUGGUGGCGCGAGAAAGGGGAAGCAGCGGCGCAGUAUCGAGGCUCUGGGCUGGGUCACCAUGCCGCUCUUCAACUUCAGGCAUGUCCUGACAUGUGGUCGCGGGUUGCUGGGUUUGUGGCCAUCAAACUCCAGGAAGAUGUGGAAACGCUCGUACAAUUCUCCCAACUUCAGCCAACCCGACAGUGUCAUCCUCCAGGUGGACUUCCCCACCUCGUCCUUUGAGGUCCGGUUCAGUACUCCGUCUCCAGCAGAGUUCUGUCCUCAGUACGACUUCUGUCGACUCGACACCAUCAGUCAGAUCCAACUGCAGGAUGUCCUACACAAGAAAGCCUUCUUCUGGCUGACUGUAGAGGACCGCCGUCUGCUGUGGGAGAAGAAGGCCUUCUGUCAGGCUGAGAGUGCAGCUCUUCCUCUGGUCCUGGCCAGCGCCCCCUGCUGGCAGUGGGCCUGUCUGCCUGAGAUCUACGCCCUGCUGAGACAGUGGGCCUGUCUGGGACACCUGGACUCCCUGGGACUGCUGCACGCCUCUUUCCCAGACCAGGAGCUUAGGAGGACAGCGGUUCAGUGGAUGGACUCCAUCUCUGACCCGGAGCUGCUCGAUGUUCUUCCUCAGCUGGUCCAGGCUUUGAAGUACGAAUGCUACCUGGACAGUUCUCUGGUCCGGUUCCUCCUCAGGAGAGCCAUCGGAGACAUUCGAAUCGCCCACUACCUGUUUUGGCUGCUGAAGGACAACCUGCAGGACAGUCAGUUCAGUGCUCGCUAUCAGCACCUGCUGGCUGCUCUGCUGUGCUGUGUCGGCCGAGGCCUCCGGGACGAGUUCGACCGCCAGUGCUGGCUGGUCUCCAUUCUCACCAAGGUGGCCCACAAGGUCCGAGACGGGGCGCCGUCCAGCCGACAGUGUGUCCUCAGAGAAGGUCUGGAGGAGAUGAAUCAGUUCUUCUCAGUGAACAGCAGCUGUAGACUCCCUCUGAACCCAGCGCUGCUCGUCAAAGGAAUCAACAUCCAGUCGUGUUCCUUCUUCAACUCCAACGCCGUCCCCCUCAAACUGUCCUUCCAGAACCUGGACCCUCUGGGAGACAACAUCAACGUCAUCUUCAAGUCAGGAGAUGACCUGAGGCAGGACAUGCUGACGCUGCAGAUGAUCCGCAUCAUGAACAAGAUCUGGAUCCAGGAGGGUCUGGACAUGAGGAUGGUCAUCUUCAAAUGCUUCUCCACCGGCAGAGGCCGAGGUAUGGUGGAGAUGAUUCCUCAUUCUGACACGCUGAGGAAGAUCCAGGUGGAACACGGAGUCACAGGAUCCUUCAAAGACCGACCGCUGGCCGACUGGCUGCAGAAACACAACCCCACCGACGAGCAGUACGACAAGGCGGUAGAGAACUUCAUCUACUCGUGUGCCGGCUGCUGCGUGGCGACCUAUGUUCUAGGAAUCUGCGACCGCCACAACGACAACAUCAUGCUGAAGACCAGCGGUCACAUGUUCCACAUCGACUUCGGGAAGUUUCUGGGACACGCACAGAUGUUUGGAAACAUCAAGCGAGACCGCGCCCCCUUCGUCUUCACCUCUGACAUGGCCUAUGUCAUCAACGGAGGAGACAAACCUUCCAGCCGCUUCCACGAUUUCGUGGACCUCUGCUGUGAAGCCUACAACCUGAUCCGCAAACACACACACCUGUUCCUCAACCUGCUGGGCCUGAUGUUGUCCUGUGGAAUUCCUGAACUCUCUGAUCUGGAGGACCUGAAGUACGUCUAUGAUGCUCUGAGACCUCAUGAGUCUGAAGCUGACGCCACCAUGUACUUCACCAGGUUGAUCGAGUCGAGUCUCGGCAGCGUCGCCACCAAACUGAACUUCUUCAUCCAUAAUCUGGCUCAGAUGAAGUUUGCGUCGUCGGAGGAUCGUCCCACGUUGUCCUUCGCUCCCAGAAUCCACACGGCGAAGAGCGACGGCCUCAUCAGGAGCCUCUACAUCUGCAGACACAUCCGCCCUGCCAGCAAAGGAUACGCAUUUGUGGUCAAAGUGGAGCGAGAAGCUCAGCAGGAGGUCCAGCUGGUCCAGAGGAGCUUCGAGGAAUUUCAUGAACUUCACAGCAAACUGAGGCUAAUGUUCCCCUCAUCCAAACUGCCCAGCUUCCCCAGCCGCUUUGUGAUUGGCCGUUCCCGGGGCGAGGCGAUGGCAGACAGGAGGAAGGACGAGCUGAACGGUUAUGUCUGGCACCUGAUCCACGCAGCGCCAGAGGUCGCCCAGUGCGACCUGGUUUACACCUUCUUUCACCCGCUGCCCAGAGACGACACGACAGGAACAUCCAGCAGCAAACCAGCAGAGAUCUCCUGGUCUCCAGCUUCAGGAAAAGAACUCGGUGAAGUCAAACUGUCCAUCUCCUACAAGAACGACAAACUCUUCAUCAUGGUGAUGCACAUCCGAGGCCUGCAGCCCCUCCAGGACGGUACGGAUCCUGACCCCUACGUGAAGCUCUACCUGCUGCCAGACCCCCAAAAGACGAGCAAGAGAAAGACGAAGGCGGCACGUCGCACCUGUAACCCCACCUACAACGAGAUGCUGGUGUAUGAACGGAUUCCUCGAGGAGAUCUGGACCAGAGAGUGAUCCACCUCCGGGUUCUGGGUGACGGAGCCUUCUGGGAGAACACCCUGCUGGGGGAGACCUUCAUCCCUCUGAGGAGGCUGGUACCGGGGCAGCACUGGGUCGACUGGCACCAGCUGGGCGCUGCCGGUUCUGACUCCGCCCACUGACACGCUGAAGGAGAAGACAAAGAAGAGCGUCUGAUUUAACUUUACUAAUCUGAAACGUCGAUUUAGUUCCUAAACCGUUUGAUUUGUAAUUUAUUGGACUAAAAGGUGAAUAAUUUCAGUGCUCCUGGUGGAGGAGGCAGAUGUUCUCCUUCUGGAACUCCUCAGUCGUACUAACCUGUUCUUCUCUUAGCUCUAACCAGCUGAGGAGCAUCACAGCUGGCUUCAUGGUUUUAGAUGAACAUCUAACAGGUUUAACGUGAGCUGAGGAUCCUGCAGACGGAUUCAUGAGACGACAUGAAGAAGAAGCAAUUUGUUUCUUCUUCAGGGUUUUUAAAAUCUAAACAAACUGGUCCUUCACAUUCUCUGAGUAGAAGAGGAAUCUGGUUUCUGUCAGGAGAAGAGUAGAAGGGAGGACCAGGAGGAAGAAGCUCAGAAGUUCAUCCUUUAGAUUCAUCACAUUUUACUGUAGAAGUCCCAUCAGAAAAGAUCAAAACUUCAAGAUUUCAGUUGAGCGAUGAGAAGAAAACCAUCGACUGAACCUCCGUCUGAUUCCAGCAGAAAGGUCAAAGAUUCAGAUGGAGCUCCUUCAGGUGGAGCUCCUUCAGGUGGAGCUCCUUCAGAUGGAGCUCCUUCAGGUGGAGCUCCUUCAGGUGGAGCUCCUUCAGGUGGGCUAUGAGCUGAAGGUGGGUCUUCAGGGUGAAUGAGGACGUGAUGUUGGACUUUGUGCUCCUGAUUCUUCAUGUCAUUCCUCUGCCUGUGGUUCUGUCUGGUUCUGGAGGACCUCUGGGUUCUGAUGGUCCAACGAACAGAUGAUUUUUAGCGCUGUAAUGAAACACAGAAAGCUGAUCUCUGCUCUUCAAUCAACUGAUGAGAACAUUUAAAGUCGUUUCUCCUCCAACAAAACCAGUUUAGAAAGUCUGACUUUGAUCCUGAUGAAGUUCAGUUCCUCCUGGAAUGUAUAAUCUAUGAUCUAUAAUCUAUGAACUCCUGGUUCUGGCCCGUUCUAUCUGGCUGUGGUUCCUGGUUCAGGUCUGUGGAACCAGCAUGAAGUCUUCUGAUGGAAACCACCAGAAACCAGCAGAUGUUCAGCCUGGAAGUGAAACUGCAGAUGUUAAACUAUUUACGGUUCCGCUGGUUUCCUCUCUGCUGCCUGCAGUUCAGCCGAGAGUCCUGGAGGACCAGGACCAGGACCAGGACCAGGACCAGGACCAGGACCAGGACCAGGAGACUCUGGCGGGUUUUGUUGGAGGAGGAUCUCUAAACGUUGCUUUGAAGCAGAACUCUUCCUGAAUCCUGUAAAUAUGAAUGAAAUGUGACGACUUUCCACUGAAGACUGACUCCUGUAACUUUCAGUUUUUUAUUAUUUGCACUAAAAAUUAAACUUGAACUCAAACAAC